AUGGUUUCUUCACAAGAGCACUACCCUGUCGCACUGGUCGGCAUUUCUGCAGAGCUUCCAAGUGGUCCUCAUGGAACGAACAACCUUGACUACCCAUCGCUGUUUGACUUUCUUAUGAACGAGCACCAAGCCUAUGAAAAUAUCCCGACCGAUAGAUUCAACAUAGAUGCUCUUAAGGGAGUGAAUAUUGGUGAAGUAGCUGCCACACAAGGCGCAUUCUUGAAAGACUUGGAUUUAUUCGAUCAUAUUGAAUUCGGAAUCAGUAGCAAGGAUGCCAGGAUGAUGACAAUUGGAACACGAAAGCUCAUCGAGUUGUCGUUCCUAGCAUUGUUGGACUCUGGUAUUGAUUAUCGAGGAAAGAAUGUUGGUGCUUACAUGGCGAGUGUCGCCCAUGACGCUUGGAUGAUUUCCGGCGAGGACGAAAAUGAAGCUCGCGGUUCAUUAGCAUACUCCCCUUCCAUGAUUGCCAAUCGUGUGUCAUACCACUUGGACCUGCGCGGACCUUCCAUCCCCACCGAUACUGCUUGCAGCUCUAGUCUUUCUGCUUUCCAUCUCGCUGUUCAGUCCAUACGCAAUGGAGAGUGCGAUGCGGCAGUUGUGGGUGGUUAUUGGCUGGCGUACAGUCAAGGUGGAAUUCUGGCACCAGAUGGUAAAUGCAAACCUUUCGAUGCCUCUGCUAAUGGAGGAGAGGGUGCCGUUGUUGUCGUUAUAAAACCACUUGACAAGGCUCUCAUCGAUAAUGACCAUAUUUAUGCUACUAUCCUCGGUACUGGCAUCAAUUCGUCUGGUUCACUGGCUCCUCUCGCCGUCAACCACACGAAGUCGAUUUCGUCGAGCUUCAUGCCACAGGCAAGUUUCUCUGAACCUAUCCCGUUAAUAUAUUAUACGUGUAUAUCUCUAGGAACUGCAAUCGGAGAUCCAACAGAAGCGAACUGGGUUGGAGAGAGCUUCCUGAAGAACGACAAUGAGGAGCUUCUUAUUGGGAGUUUGAAAGGAAACAUGGGUCACCUGGAAAUCACAGCGUUUCUUGCGUCACUUUGCAAAGUUUGUUCUAUAUUUCAAUCAGGAAUCAUCCCUCCAAAUGUCAAUCUCCGCAACCCAAAUCCUGCCAUUCGUUGGGAGGACUUCAAUCUACGCGUUCCCUUAUUGCCAACCUCGUUACCUUGUCAAUCCGCUACUGGACGCUCGCUGAUCUCUCUGGCGAGCUCCGGAAUUGGCGGUGCCAAUGGUCACUGUGUUGUUGAGGAGGCCCCUCAUACAACUAAUUCGGUAGUGCCUUUCUGGCGCUCAGAUGGCUUUCAUACUCCCUGCUUGUUGGUGGCGGGUGGCCUUUCUCCGCGUUCAACAACAGCCGUAGGAGAAUCUAUGCGAGUCAUAGACAGUAAAUCAUUACCAUCAAUCGCAACGACCUUCGGACGUCGAUCCAGGUCUAUGCCUUGGCGUUCUUGUGCGGUUACUUCACCAAAUUCACCACCUCGUUUUACUGAGCCGGUUCUUACUUCCCGAAUGCCUCAUCCACUCGUGUUUGUAUUUGCAGGACAGGGUCCCCAGCACUUUGAAAUGGGCAGAGAAUUAUUCAGUUCAUGCACCAUCUUCCAGAGGAGUAUACUUGAAAUGGACGAAAUACACAAGCUUGUAACUGGAUUUUCACUCAUUGACCAGACUGGUCUUUUCAGUCAACAAGCUCGUUCCGCAGAAGCACUCGGAAAUAUCUGGCCCAUCUCAGUGACUCUUCCUGCUCUAACCAUGCUUCAAAUCGCAACUUUCGACGCUCUUGUGAGUCUUGGGAUGAAGCCCACUGCGAUCGUGGGCCACUCUGCAGGAGAGACUGCCGUCUUGUAUGCAUCUGGAGCGGGUUGCAAAGCGAUGGCUGUGGAACUUGCAAUCGCACGUGGUCGAGCUAUGUCAAUCGUCGAAGGUUCUCAAGGCGCAAUGGCAGCAGUUUCGUGCUCCCCCGAACAAGCCCGGGAAGUUAUAUCUCAGAUACACACCGAACAAGGGAAGGUUGAUUUGGACGUUGCCUGCUACAAUACCCCUGGCGCCGUCACACUAUCAGGGUCAUCUACGGGUAUAGACCUCGCAGUUGAACGCGCAAAGGCUGCCGGAUUUUUCGCAAAGCGAUUGAAUACUGCUGUUCCUGUGCAUUCCAGACUGAUGGACCCCUGUCAUGACGAAUAUCUGCGCCUGGUAACAGACAUAUUCAAUCGCUAUCCUUCACGGCUACCUCAAAUCCGAACAUAUUCCACCGAAAGCGGUAUGCUCAAAAGUGACCCAUUCAACGCAGAAUAUUAUUGGUCUGGUGCACGUGGCCCAGUGCGAUUUACGGACGCUAUCCAGCGUAUGAUUCAAGAUAUAGGCUCUCCGGACUUUUUAGAGAUAGGACCUCACCCAGCUCUCGCUAGUUAUCUGGUCGAACUCGGUGGCAAGACAACGACGGUUGUAUGUCCUCUGCGCAGGCCCAAGGCCAAUCAAGGAGAAGCGGUUUCUUUUCUUGACGCUUUGGGCAAGCUGGCAGUCGCUGGACAUUGUAUCGACUUCAAUGUUCUCAAUGGAUGCACCGCAGCAGAUGUCUCAGACCUACCCGCUUACCCCUUUUCCCGCAAGAAGGUCUUCUUGUACCCAAUCUCUCCUUCCAUCAAGAAAAUGCGUCAGUCUCGUAACGGGCCUUUAAAUUACCCCCAGCUUCGUAUAAACGCCCAGACGCACCCUUACCUGGCCCAACACGUGAUUCAAGGCGAGCCCAUCAUGCCCGCUGCAGGAUAUAUUGAAAUGGCAUUGGAAUUUGGAGCAAGACAAUUAUGGGAUGUCAACUUUUCAUUCAUGCUGUCGUUAUCUGGGGAACAACCGGUGCCAGUUAACAUCAGUACUGAAGGACCUCGUUGGUUGGUGCGCUCUGCUCCAAAUCCAUCACAAUCGUCCACGCCCCAAUAUGAUCGGUUGCAUGCUGAGGGCUACCUAUCUCGAGAUUCUCAAAUUCCAGCAUUACCAGCAGUGAACAUUCAGGCAAUAAAGGAACGCUGCACGCGGGUUGGGGUUGAGGGUUUUUAUGAUGCGCUUGAGCACUUCGCUCAAUAUGGCCCAGAUUACCGAAGAAUAUUGGAUUGCUACCGGGGGACUGACAACGGGCGCGACGAAGUUUUAGUACAAAUACGUGGCGCUGUCGGGGACCUUCCAGGACUGGAAAAGUUCAAGAUCCACCCCGUCAUCCUCGACUCCGCAAUACAUGUUCUGGUCCAUCCGAUUUUUACCUGUCUCACAGACAAAACUUUUCCAUAUAUGCUCAUGCUGUUUUUUCGCCAGUGGACACCUCAAGAAUCUCUGGCAUACGACGUCGCCCUCCUGGAUGAAGACGGCAAUCAUCUCUGCACAAUGCAAUCAUUCGAAGUUGCCCUCCAUGGAGAAUCCUCUCUAUACGAGCCGAGACGUCGCUUCGACUUAGUGCAUGAGCCCACCCCACUCGACUUGUCCUCGUGUCGUCACCCGACCCAGGAGGAAUUGCCAACGGAACAAAGCAGAGACAUUUUAACGCACCCAAUGGGCACAACUUCAUUGUCGCCGCUCCUCAACGUCGUCGCUUACGAGCACGGAAAAGAGUUGGAACUUCAGCUGAUGUUAUCUGCAAAGGACGCAACCGCUCCAUGCGCCAUCUAUUUUACGGCAAUCGCUGGUUCGAAUGGAAACGGGGCUGUCGGUUUUGUGCGAUCCUUACGGAAGGAAUAUCCUUCAUGGACAAUUUGCGUCGUGGUGUUCGACUCGGCUUGGGGCGAUGAAAGUAUUAGACAGGCGGUUGAAGCUAUAUCCAAAAUGCCCCAAGCGGAGACCGAGCUUGUGGUGGACGCAUCCGGAUUGGUCCGAAGCAAUGUCUCUCCUUUCAACUUCCACGAGCCAUGGCAGCUCGAGAACUCGCAAGUGGUUCACUGCUCGUCUCCCCCUUCGGAUUGUCAUUCGGCUGUCGUGCAUGUGCAAAGUAUUAGCCGGUCGGAUGACCAGAUAUGGGCUUUCGUUGGCUGUUUAGACAGCUCGCGUAGAGGUGUCAUGGGGAUAUCCGCCUCUCCUGUUGGAAAUGUCAUCGUAUCGCCACUGGACAGCAUGGUGGAUGCCCCAGUGGCCCUGGAAUCCGAUACAUCCAUGGGACCUCCUGUUCUUGUCCUUGCUGUAGCAGUCCUUGCUGUUGGUCCUGCAUAUUUCGAGAACCCGUGUAGGUUCCGCGGAGAGAUUCUUGUGACACAUGCAGAUACUCAGAUAAGCAUGCUUAUUGCUCAACUCUACCUUCUCCGAGGCUUUCGCGUCACUACCCUAACGCAACAUGCGACGGACUCCGAAAUUAGCCGCCUUCCCAAUGGACAUUUUAACGUCGUCGUCUCUGAAUACACAGACACGGCAACACUUCACCUCUUAUCACGCCUCUCGACGGUUAAUGGGAGGACGUUUCCAUGGAAGCAUCCAACGCAAGGCUUGCAGUCGCUGCUCGCCUGCGACCCGUGGUUAAUUAGCCAUGCUAUUCGCCUUGGGUCAGAUAUAAUUGGCGACGAGCUUAAGAUUCCUAUGUGCAACCUCAGCGAGAUCAUAACUGCCAAGCCUGGUGACCCCGUCAAUGUGAAGAAACAUCUUUUCAGCGACAAGAAGGCAUAUCUACUGGUGGGAGGUACCGGCAGCCUUGGAUUUCAGAUUGCCCAGUGGAUGUACAAGAAUGGGGCUCGGGAAAUUGUUCUGACUUCGAGGUCCGGGCGCGCUGGCAUUCGGCGCAGGGGAGACACUGCAUCUCAGCGCAUCAUGGCGUAUCUCGAGAGCCUACCGGAUUUAAAUCUACGCAUUGAGGCAACUGAUGCCCUCAGCGAACCUGACAUGAAAGGGUUGGUGCAAAAACUCCAGAGUCCGCUCGGAGGGUGCAUGUUACUCUCCGUGGUUUUGGCAGAUGGACUCUUUUCUGGGCUAUCCGCUGAGAACUUCAAUGCGCCAUUCAAACCUAAAAUGGGAGCAUUUGAAGUGCUAUACAACAUAAUUGACACGAACAAGUUGGAUUUCUUGAUAUCGUUCUCCUCGGUUUCAGCACUAUUUGGGAAUGCAGGUCAAACUAAUUAUGCCGCAGCAAAUACUAUGUUGGACGGGAGACUGCGCACCAUGCCCAACGCGUUCUCUAUUAUAACACCUGCGGUCACAGACUCAUUCGUCGCUACACUGGGUGGGGCAAAGUUCAAGCACUUGACGGAUUGGGGGAUGUCGUCUCACAGGGUCCUCCAAUUCAUUGAUGAAGGCAUUCGGAAGUUAGCUGAUGGGCCUUUCGGGUUCUAUAUUCCGGACUUCGACUGGGAUGCAGUCUGUGUCAACAUGGGAAACUCUCCAAUGUAUAGUCACUUGCUACCCGAGCGGUCGACUGCAGAACACGAACCAUCAGUUUCACAAGACGGCAAUUCGAUAGCGGACAUAAUUUGUACCACUCUUGACGUUGCGCGCGAAGAUUUGUCUCCCGACGUUCCUUUAACGAUGUACGGUUUGGACUCCUUGUCUGCUGCAAGGCUAUCCUUUGCCUUGAACCCAAUUUUUCCCAUCAGUCAAACUCAGCUCCUUGCGAACGUGACCCUUCAGAAUCUAGAAGCACGAUUAGCGGACCAGCGGCUGUUCGCCUCUACUGAAGCGGAGCAAAGAAGCGCAUCCGAGCUUCAAAAGGUCUCUGAGAUGAGGUCCUUGGUUUCCAAGUACACGUCUGGAUUUAAAACCCCAAAGACGCUGCUGCCUUCCUCUAUCAGCUCACGGGACUGUAUUGUCCUCGUAACGGGCACUACUGGAGUCGUGGGUGCACACCUUCUGGAAUGCUUACUCCACGCACCACAAAUCAGUCGUAUAUUUCUUCUCAACCGUCCCAAGCCUGGAACUCAGACAAUGUUGGAACGUCAUCAAGCGAUUUUCCAACUACAGUCCCUCGACCCUGCGGGACUGGAAACGGACAAAGUCGUGUAUUUGGAAGGCACUCUUGAACAACAUUACUUUGGGCUAUCAACCGACACGUUCAAUGACAUGGCACGAAACGUCACCCACAUUGUUCACGCUGCUUGGCCAAUGGAUUUCGCCAUCCCCCUUUCUGGGUUUGAUUACGCCAUUCACGGUCUCAGAAAGUUGAUAGAUUUCGCCAUUUCGUCUCCCUGGCAACAACCGCCUCGAUUAAUUUUUACGAGCACAGUCGGUGUAUUAAGCGGCCUCUCAUCGUCGAUCGCUGUAGAGGAGGCUCUUAUACAUGACCCCAGUAUCUCUGUUGGCGCAGGAUAUAUCGAAAGCAAAUGGGUUGCAGAGCACGUCUUGGCAGCGGCUGCUGAUGCUACGCGACUGAAGCCAAUGAUUAUUCGCCUGGGGCAACUAACCGGAGGGCGCAAUGGGUACUGGAAAACAACGGAAUGGAUACCCUCCAUGAUCAAAUCGGGCCUCUUUCUUGGAGCCUUGCCCAAUCGUUCUAAUACUUUAAAUUGGCUUCCAGUUGAUGUGGCAGCGGCAUCAAUGGUGGAGAUGUUCAAUUCACCACCCGGCGUGUAUCACUUGACACACCCAAGUCCAGUGUCAUGGACUGUUCCGAUGCGGGAAGCUGCUCGCAUCAUGAAUGUGCCAUUGGUUCCGUACACUCAGUGGCUUGCUUCUUUGGAGAAACAGGCAUUAUCACAAACGGCAAAAGCAUCGCAAAUCAACCCUGCGCUGAGGUUGCUUGACUUCUUCAGGUAUACUAUUCGCAGAAAGAAUCUUACGAAUACGGACAACUUCUUAGAGCCGGAGCUCUCGUGCGCUAAGGCUUUGCAAGAAUCUCCAACAUUGCAAUCAAUAGUCUCAAGCCCGUUGGGACCUCAGGAUGUAGCUAAAUGGAUGGCAUACUGGCGCAGUGUUGGCUUUAUUCUUGCUUAA